CACGCCGAGGGGGGCAUGGCGGCGCCGCGGAGGAGAGGGGCGCGGCUCGCGGCCGUCCUCGCGCUGCUGCUGCAUCUCGCCGCCGUGAUCCACGGGAAGAGCUACUACGACGUGCUGCAAGUGCCCAAGGGCGCGUCGGAGGACCAGAUCAAGAGGUCGUACCGCAAGCUCGCGCUCAAGUACCACCCCGACAAGAACCCCGGCAACGAGGAGGCCACCAAAAAGUUCGCCGAGAUCAGUAACGCAUACGAGGUCUUGAAUGAUCAGGAGAAGAAGAAGAUCUAUGACCGGUAUGGCGAGGAGGGGCUCAAGCAGUUCCAAGGUCAAGGCGGGAGAGGAGGCGGCGGCGGGAUGAACAUGCAAGACAUCUUCAGCAGUUUUUUCGGAGGUGGUGGUGGUGGUAUGGAAGAGGAGGAAGAACGAAUCAUUAAAGGUGAUGAUGUGAUUGUCGAACUGGAUGCUUCACUUGAGGACCUGUACAUGGGUGGUUCAUUGAAGAUUUGGAGAGAGAAAAACAUCAUAAAACCAGCACCAGGAAAGAGACAAUGCAACUGCAGGAAUGAAGUUUACCACCGCCAGAUUGGUCCUGGAAUGUAUCAACAAAUGACCGAGCAGGUCUGCGACCAGUGUGCAAAUGUGAAGUAUGUACGAGAUGGUGACUUUUUGACUGUUGAUAUUGAGAAGGGUAUGCAAGAUGGGCAGGAGGUUUCAUUCUUUGAGGAAGGAGAGCCUAAGAUUGAUGGUGAACCUGGAGAUUUGAAGUUUCGGAUUCGGACAGCACCACAUGACCGAUUCAGAAGAGAAGGCAACGACCUGCAUGCAACAGUUACAAUCCCCCUGCUGCAAGCUCUGGUUGGUUUUGAGAAGACCAUCAAGCAUCUCGACGACCAUCUGGUCCAAAUCGGCUCCAAGGGUGUCACUAAACCCAAGGAAGUAAGGAAGUUCAAAGGAGAGGGCAUGCCAUUGUUCCAAAGCAACAAGAAAGGCGAUCUGUAUGUGACGUUCGAGGUGUUGUUCCCGAAAACCCUGACAGACGACCAGAAGGCCAAGCUGAAGGAUGUUCUUGCGUAAGAACUGGUGGUUUUCCACUUGUGCUGCAGCUAGUUGCUUGAGGUUGUUCCUCAAGGAAAUUUUGGAAACAAUGGUGUUGCCUUUCUGGUGGGUGUAUGUGAUUUAUCAUUGGUGACAUUAGCAGCUUUUUCUUAGAUCAUUUUUCUGUUUCAAUGCUCUUAACAGCUCUGUAGUAUUAGAAAGUAUAAAAAUGAACUGUACCUGAAUAUUUGUACUGCUGGAAUACAAGGGCCAUAGAAUUGUAGAUUACGCUCCCCUAAUUAUUUACUGAUUAUAUAACGGCAGAUCAGUUGGCGGCUUGUUUCUCAUGCCUUGUUUGCUUA